AUGGCCUCGCUCAUCCCACCCAAGAAGCCUCGCAAGCCGGGCAUGCCAAAGCUCACCAUCCCAGCCCGGCCUUCGUCCUCCUCUUCAGCUCCUGGCGGCACGGUCAAUCGGAAUGAUCCUCCAUUCGAUGCGACAAGCACACGCACAAACCUUCAGCAGCCUGCACAGCCGUUAUCACGACCCCAACCUUCGCUCAUGAUCCCACAAGCUUCGUCCUCGUCAUCACAUCUGGGAGCCUAUGGGUACCAAGAUGAGGGCUAUGACGAUGGGCAUCCUGGCAUCUUCAACUCGACAGCAUCAUCCAUCUAUCCGGAUACAGUGCCUCAUUUGACCAACGCACAUAUGCACAGCGCUUUGACAGACGAUCUGCGUAGAGCUAUCGGUGGCAUGUCGAUGAACGACUCCGAAGGCGAACGUCUCGAUGCAAAUGGACUCAGGAUCCCGGUCAUGGGCGGCAACACUUCAUCCAAUGGCUACUGGAAGAACAACGACUCCGCGAGUGGCAGCAAAAGCACCAACAGUCGCUCUUCCAACCAUGCUCCUCCCGAGCACGGCAGCGGUGAAGGGUCUGCACAAGGCCACCAGUCUCGAGCUAGAACCGAUUCGAGUGCAUCGGCAGCUUCGACGCGUGCCAGCACCUCGGGAUACGACGAUGAUCUUGUAUUGGCAGGCAACUUCGAGAUUCUUUGCAGACUUGGUGAAGGUGCCAGUGGUGAAGUCCACAAAGUGCGUCAUCGUCCCACAGGCCUGAUCAUGGCCAAGAAGACCAUUUCCACUUCACCCAAUCCUGCAAUUCACCGACAGAUUCUGCGCGAGCUUGCUUUCAACCGCUCAUGCCACUCGGACUACAUCGUGCGCUACUAUGGCGCAUUCCUCGAGGACCAGGACACAUCAAUUGCAAUCUGCAUGGAGUACGCGGAGGCAGGCUCGCUCGACGCCAUCUACAAGAAAGUCAAGAGCCGGAACGGACGAACCGGAGAGAAAGUGCUGGGCAAAGUAGCCGAGUGCGUCUUGAAAGGCCUAAGCUACCUGCACGAACGCAAGAUCAUCCAUCGAGAUAUCAAGCCCAGCAAUAUCGUGGUGACACGCGAAGGUCAGAUCAAGUUGUGCGACUUCGGAGUAUCAGGAGAGCUCAUCAACUCAGUCGCAGGUACAUUCACGGGGACGAGCUACUAUAUGGCACCGGAGCGAAUCAGGGGUCUAGCAUAUACCAUCACUUCCGAUGUAUGGUCAUUAGGGCUUACGAUUUUGGAAGUAGCCAGCAAUCGCUUUCCUUUCCCUGCCGAAGGUGAACCACCACUGGGACCCAUUGACCUACUCUCAUACGUGGUCAAAAUGAAGGUGCCCGAGCUUCAAGACGAUGAAAAGGCAGGUAUCAAAUGGUCAAGAGCAUUACGUGACUUCAUCGAGCGAUGUCUGGAGAAGGAGCCGACAAAGCGACCUGGUCCGCACAAGAUGAUCAGCCAUCCGUUCAUCAAAAAGUCGGAAACGCGACAGCCUCAACCUGAUAUUGCCAAGUUCGUGGCCGAUGUGUACGGGUGGAGCUAUCUGCCUUCUUCGAUUGCUAAUCAGCAACAGCAGACGCCGACACAGGCAACAGCAUCUGGUGGAACACUUGGCAGGAUACCAAGUGUUCGCUCGGCACCUGUCGCCGCUGCUGCAUUGUCAGCUGUGACGAGCCAGCCAACGAGGCAAGCAUCCACACUUCGAGCAUCGUCUUCGCAGCUCGAUGCUUCGCCGUCCCUGACACCCGUUUCGAGGACAGGAGCAGAAGAUUCGGCAGCACCGAUCAAUCCAACACCAGCGUCGACUCGGAUACGCCCACUACCAAAGAUCUCGAUCGCAGUCGACUGCGGAAGGUCGCAGCAGCAGCCUGACACGGCGAUAUCUUUAGGUACAGCGCAGGUGGCUGCGAAAACAACAUUCGACGCGGCUUCGGAUGCACCCGUGUUCGCUGGUAGAGUAAGAUCUGAUAGUCAGCAUAGAAGUCAGGAGGAGCGAUUGGCAGCAAAGAUGCGAGAAGCCGACGUUGGACUGAUAGGAAGUCCUACGACGACUACUGACGAUGAUGCGUCGUAA